AUGGCAGGGCCUGUGCCCAUCCUGGGGCUGCUGGCUGCCCUUGUUGUGUGUGGCUUUCCUAACUUCAGGUACCCCACUCCCAGGGAGCAGCUGGCUUCCCUCUGCUCUGCCCUGACCCAGCAGGACCACAGGGAAGCUUCCUUUCUGGGUCCAGUGACCAGCACCCUGUUCCUCUCCCCGACCCUCCCAGGCAGCUGGGGCCUGAAUGAGGAGCAACGGCUGAUCCAGCACCUGUUCAAGGAAAAGGACUACAAGAAGGACCUUCGGCCGGUAGCUCACAAGGAGGACAGAGUGGAUGUCGCCCUGAGUCUCACCCUCUCCAACCUCAUCUCCCUGAAAGAAGUGGAGGAGACCCUCACCACCAACGUGUGGAUAGAUCACGUAAGGACACCCUGCUGA